GUCGCUGUUGCUGAAUCGUUGCGGCAAUAAACGGAGCUGUACAGAGGAGCAGACCUACAACAUCCGGGCAAUAGUCAGCUUGCGCAGAAACGGAAUGGCGGAGGUGGGUGAAGAGCCCCUCAAGAGAAGUGUGGCGGUUGUGGCCUAGUGGAGAGUGGAUGAGGCACAGUGAUGAAGGCCCUCAGCGGGAGAAGCAGAAGAAGUCUCCUUGGGCCUUAGAGGGAGUUGGAGGAGAACCUUCGCCCCAUGAAGAUGGCAGCGCAGUCCCACACUGCCGGUGAGCUUCCUUUGGAGGAGCUGCUGGCUCUGUACGGCUACACAGUGUCCGACCCAGAGAAGGAGAGCCGUCACAUGGCUGCCAGCCUGCCCGACGUGACACUGGACAAGGAUCAGAUAACUGAGGAUAUCUUUCCUGGGGAGGAGGAAGACGACUCCUUAGCUGAGGAUCUCACCCCCUCGGUCACCUCAAACACCUCCGAUCUGCUCCACCGCCUCCAAGGUGGAGACAAAGACACAUUAGUCAGCUCAUCAGAGGAGGACUCUGAUGCAUCUAUUCCCUCCAAUGAAGAGCACAAGGAGAUCAUGGUUGGCUCUUUGUAUCAGGCAAAAGUCCCUCCACUCGGUUCACAUACCUACCAAGAGAGCGCCUGCAGCAGCGAGGACCAGUGUCUGUGGAGGCCUGGAGUUCUUCCGAUGCAGGAAGUGGAAGAGUUCUUGCUGACUGCACAGACACCAUAUUGCCAGGAGGGGGCAGCAUGCACCGUCCGAGAUAACCAACAGGCACUGUAUGAACUAGUGAAAUGCAACUUCAAUGCAGACGAGGCACUGAGACGAUUACGCUUCAAUGUGAAAGUGUUCAGUGAAGAGCUUUGUUCCUGGAGUGAGGAGGAGUGUAGGAACUUUGAGCACGGCUAUCGGGUUUACGGGAAGAACUUCAACCUCAUUCAGGCUAAUAAGGUACGAACGCGCUCCGUUGGGGAGUGUGUGGAGUAUUACUACAUGUGGAAGAAGUCUGCCCGCCACGAGUACUUUACCCAGCAGGCCACCAGGCUCAGCCGCAAGAAGUUCAACCUCCAAUCAGGGAACUUGGAGGAUGGAGACCAGGACGGGGAGGUUGGGGAGCUGGAAGCGAGCAACAACUCGUCUGGCUUGUUGUCUCCAAGCUCCAUGGACACUGGACAGCUGCAGUCCCCGUUACCUCCCCAGUCGAGCCUGGAUCCACACAAACAAGGAAGAGAGCCGUCCCCGCCGCAGACGAACUCCCCGCUUUCUCUUAAAGCCAUGAACUCGGUCCAGACAGGCCACUGAAAGCAGGCUGGGCCUGCAGGCCAAGAAGAUGAUGAGCUGGUGAUGGGGUCGUCGGACUUGUGUGGUGACGGAUGUCCUCGGCAGCUGUUUGGCUGUCCCUUCUCCCUCCCGCCCAUGGACGACCUGCGGGAUCCUGGCUCAGACGGUUGUUGUCCCUCAGCUCUGGGUCAGCUCCAGUCCCAGCCCUUUCCCCAGAGCCCCCAGUGGGCCGGCGGGAGCCCUCUGUCCUGCCACGACGACCAUUGCCUGCCAGGCUCCUGUUUUUACCAGCUACACAUGUGCAGCGGACCUUUUGUUUCAGAGGGCCCUGACGAUGAUACAGCAGGCAGGGGCACCGGCUCCCACCACGGGGUGCAAGUGGAAUUUAGCCUCCCGUCUGCCUCCCCUCCCUCAUCUUCUGCCCUCCCAUCACACUUCCAGGCGCUGGGCAGCCUGCUGCACCCGUCUACCGUCCAGCAUCCCCACUCGCUCACACAGUGAAGGGGCGUGGGAAAGUCUAAACUGAGCGGUACCUUGAAUAGUUUGCCCCGUGUGGAGAUCUCUGAUCGGCGUUGGUAUUUACACCGGGCUUGAAGAAACCAGGAAA